AAACUUCGUUUUUUCAACCAUGGAUCUGAAGAAAGUAAGUGCGAAGGACAGUGCUGAGAAGAAGAAGCGGAUGAUGUGCAUUGAAUUAAAGUAAGAAAUUAUCGAAAAACAUGACCAAGGUGUGUGUGUAAUCGACUUGGUGAAGCAGUACGAGCAUAGCACUUCUACGAUCUGCACCAUACUGAAGCAGGAGUCGAUACAGGCUACAUCUCCAGCCAAGGACGUUAAAAUAAUUUCUAAACAGCGGGCAUCUAUCCAUGAAAAUAUGGAGAAGCUGCUAAUGGUGUGGUUAACGGAGAAGCAGCUCGCAGGAGAUACCAUGAUGAAGGCUACAAUCUGCGAGAAGGCACGAGCUAUUUACGCUGAUUUGCUGCAGCAGAUCCUAGGCACUUCAAUGGAUGAGGCAUUCGGCGAGCCGUUUAAAGCCAGUCAGGGCUGGUUCGAAAAUUUUAAAAAGAGGACCAUCAUUCACUCCGUUGUCAGACAUGGUGAGGCAGCGAGCGCGGAUAUAAAGGAAGGUGACAUCAAGGAGCUCAUCGAGGAGCACUCCGAGGAACUGACAACGCAGGAGCUAAAGGAGCUACAGACGCAGCAGCACACGGAGGUUUUGCAGGGAAUAGAUGACACGGAGGAGGAGGCGGCUAUCUCUAUAAGUGAGAUAAAGGAAAUGUUGGGAAUGUGGGAGAAACUUUCAGACUUUAUUCAAAAGAAACACCCAGAAAAAAUUGCAUCUGGGCAUGUGAUGGAGCUAUUUAAUGACACUUGCCUAACUCAUUUCAGAAAUAUUCUGAAAGGGAGGAUGAAACAGAUCUCAUUGGGCAGGUUUUUAUUGAAAACUCCUGUAGAUGAAAGCGUGGCAAAAAGAGCAAAAAUCAGCAAAUAAGAUUCAGUUAUUCAGUUAUUCAGUUCAGCCUUUCUCCUCCAACUCCAUCAGCAUCUUUAAGUCGUUUGAUCUCCAAGGUAAAUGCUGUACAUUAAACUUAAUAAAACAAGUUUAUUGCACUACA